GCCGGACGUGACGUGCGAAGCUCCUGCAGUGCACAGCGGCAGGGGCAGGGUCCGGGUGCUGAGCUUUCGCUCUCACCGCUCUCCUCCGUUCGGAGGCUCCGGCUCGGGGGCCCCUCCUGGUCCCGCCUCCGCCUCGGCUUCGCCCGCGCCCUCCCGCCCCGCCACCGGCCAUGGACAACGGGGACGUGUACAACCCGACCACGGAGAAUGUCCCGGCCGCUGAGAACCGCCCCGGCCGCAGCUCCUGCACCUUCUCCCUGGCCCGGCCCAGCCGGCGCCGGGCCCCCCUCAAGCUGGCCGAGCUGGUGCUGUCUCUGGUGGCCUUUAUCUGUGAAGAGAUCGUGUCCCGCUGCACACAGUGUGGAGGCCUUUACUUUUUUGAGUUCGUCAGCUGCAGUGCCUUCCUCCUGAGCCUCCUGGUGGUGAUUGUCUACUGUACCAGUUUGUAUGACAAAGUGGACCAAAGCAAAGUGAAGAAGUCGGACAUCUAUAUCACUUUGAUAACUGGAUUGAUGUUUUUGAUAGCAUCAAUAACCUUUGCUUGCACCAGUGACCAGACCUCGCCAGAAACUGCUGCAAUUGUAUUUGGAUUUUUGGCGAGCAUCGUAUUCCUGAUUGAUUUUGGUUUACUGAAGCUUGAAAAUGCUCGGAGGUCCCAGACAAGGAAACCUGAAGUCCCCACAACCACUCUUACCCAGCCACUGAAUCAAUGAUCGAGAAGGCAGGAACCGGAGAAGAAACAAGCCAAGUGGAGAGUGCUUAUAAAAUGUGGAAUUGGACUCUAUUUAGACCAGCUGUCUUGUUUACUCACUUGUGGGGGCCUUGGGAGAAGGAUGAGGAGGCACCUUGCCAGCACUUUCAUCAAAACUCUGUCCAGGUUGCCUUUUUUCCAACUACUGCUAAAGUGUGUGCCUUCAUGAAAUUUCCUGUUGCUAUUUUUUUCUUUAAAACCCAUUGUCUAUCAGGUGAUGAACCUUUCUGUGAUACUGUAUGACAAGACCUAUUUGACUGUGUUGGCUUUCAAAUGGCGCCAUGUGUUCGUAUAAGUGGGAUGAAAUGUUCAUCUGAUUGACCCUUGUUCAAAUUGAAUUAAUUUGCUUAUUUGAAAUUUUGGGGGAGAUUUAAAAGAAGAAAAAACUAACCUAAACAUUGAGUGACUGAAUUUGACUUUAUUGAAUAAUAUUAUUUAACAUAUUUAAAAGGGAAAAAAGUGUUCAACUUUUCAGAUACAGGAGUCUUGCUUUUCUCAUUUAGUGUCAUAUCUAGGUGCGAUUGUAGCUCAGCCAUGAAGCAAAAUAAUCAUUCUUCUCAAAUACCCCAUCCCCACCUUGGAGGGUCUUUGGCUAGUUUGUAUGUGUGGCUUUAAGGAACAGUGACAACCUCUAGUCCAUAGAGGCUUAACGAGUAGGGAGGUAAUUGCCAGAUUGUUAGUUAUGAAAACCUAUCAGCUGGUGGGCAAGAAGAGACAUUUACCCCCUCCUCUCUCCUCGGAAUCAGAAAAGGGGAGCUCCCUCCAUCAUCUGGAAGGCUGAAUACUUUGACACACUAAUAGUAGAUUUGGCAUUGUUGGGCUCCCAUACCUACAAAGGCGAAAGGCCACCAUAUAGCCAUCACCAUCUCCCUUUUUGAGUGCCUGCCUAAUUCAGUGGUCUAUAUUGAGAGCUGCUGGAAUGCAGUAGCAUUUGUUUGGGACAAACUAGAACAAAGAAUUUUAGCUGUUAACUUUAGAGGGAAAUCUCAGAGAAGGAAACUCCAUCUACCAAAGCAGGUGCAGAGCUGCCUGUGGUCUUAGAGAGCUGCCUAGAGCCUGAAGAAUUGAAGCUAUUUAUCCAGGGCCACACGCCCAGUACAUGAUGGAGGUGAGCAUUCAACCCAGCCUGGCUCUGAGGCCGCCUUUCUGACCUUUACACUGUGGCUGCCGCUUUGGGUCCAAAUGCUGUUUCAAUUCAUGUUUGUAACCCUACAGAACAGGGGAGCCAAGUGCGCCCUAACCACCUUGAUUAGUAGAAAAAGUACUCUGUGUUUGCAUGAGCAUGCUGGCCUAUCAGGUGCCUGUAGGGGCUGGGUCUGGGUAGAUGUAAAAGAGAGGGGACACAGAGAGAGACUUCAGAUGGAGGGAGGGCUGACAGGUUUACACUUGCAUUGCAGUGACUUCCAUCUGGUUGUGACCCUGCUUACGGUUAGACCAAGCAUUGCCUUCUUAUGGGCUUGCCGUCUCCCCACGUCAUUCUGGGAUGAGAGAACACGGUUACAAGAUCCCCACUCUGACAAGUUACAGAUUUAAGCCAUAGAUUCACUCCCUUUCAUUGGAAGAUUGUAUUGUGCUGUGAGAGAGAGGGGGCUGUGUCAUGCAGAAAUGUUCUGGAACCUCCUUUGUUUUCUGUAGAAUACUGCUUGUUGUAAUGCCUUUCCAUUACUAUGUAACCCUUGAAUAUAAAAAUAGAUUUUUCUUAUUAAUUCCUCUAGGUUAAUUUGUAGCUACAAUGAGUUCAGCCAGUACUGCUGGUGACUCAGCUCCUCACUGUUGCCUUAGGAGUUGGUAUUUCUCUGUGAAAAGGGGCCAGCGGAACCUGGAGGGUUUUGCAUGUCCAUUCAGUCACACUCUUCAUCCCGCAGGAUCCCCAAGAUUUUCCCCUUGGGCUUUCCUAAAGCUCUGGGGAGCAGUGCUGCCUUUUCCCCCCAAAAGCCUGGUUUGCCAUCCCAGUUUUCACAGAUGACCCAUCAGGAUCAAAACUACCCUGAUCUUUAUUUCUUGUACAUGAAUCAUGUUAGUUUGUAUCGAAACAUGACUCUCGAGUCCCGUCAAGAUCUAUGUUUGUUCACUAGAUGAGGAGUCCCUUUUGAGCAACACGAAGCUCCCAUGGGAACUAAAUACAGGAUAUGUGACCUGAUCAGACCAGUUUGGAAACUCCCUUUUGGAUAUGUGGGAAGACACAUAUGGGCACAAUUUUGUGUGUGUGUGUGUAUGUGUGCAAUAAGUUUCAAGACCAGAUUAGAAGGUUAGACUAAAGCUUCCAAGUGUGCCUUAAAUAGUACAAAUAGACAAAUCUAUUGUCUCAAAUAGAGAAUACCAAGCUCUUUAUGUCCAAUAAUGAGGUUUCUUCUGAGGCAAAUUAUGUAACUGGAUUUUGGACUCUCUCCACUAACUCGGUGUUCUGGGUCAUGGUCUUAGCAAAACUCUUGUUCGCAACAUGCUUGUUUUUGAAACUUUACAAUUCUUUCAAAAGGUCUAGUUAUGGCUUGUUCAGUAACUUAAUUUAUAAUCUUUUUUGGGAGGGUGUGAGGAAGUGGGGAGGUCAGGGGAUCUCUUUUUGCACUUUUAAGCUCAAGCCACUACUUUCUCAAGUUUUCCAUUUCCCAAGCCUUUGAAUGACUAGUGACUUUAUGUUCCUCGGGAUGGCUGGGUUUGGCCUUUAGAUUAGGGUCCAUGCUGAGGUUGAGGGCUGUGUUUCCGAAAUGCAGUGCCUAACUCUGUUUGGUAGGUACAUAAAUGAAAUCUUAAUAAAUCAACUUAAUUUGGAUCUUCACUGACUUGAGUGGUCAGAAUUUUUUAAAAAUUAACUAACUGGACCCUUCAUUUGUAAAUCUCUCGUAUUCAAAGUUCCACAGAUUGAAGAGUUAUUGGGGUAAAAACAAAACAAAAAAAACUUACAUCUUAAGAUUCAAAACAAAAUUAUAAACUUGAAUAUUAAUGUCCUUUAAUGAAAAAUCUGUUAAAAGACUUCUUUACAUUAUUAAAUUUCCAACUUUUGUUGAUGUAUUUUUCCCUUUUUUCUUUGCUUUCUGCCUAAUUUUAAUUUUCACUGGUUCUUCAGAAAUUAUAGGGUGAAAUUAUUUUAACAUGAAAGGCUUAUUAGUUAAAUUAUAUCUUUGUUCGUGGGUAUGUAUGUGUAUUUAAUGUUAUUUGCAACGGUCUUUUGUAUAUAUUACUUUUUAAACUUUCUGUGGCCUUUUUAUCUGCCUGGUUUUUGUGGUGCUUUUUACAAAACAAGAGGUAAAAUUUUGUAAUUCUCUUUUUGAAUAAAUUCAUUUUACUAAAAUUGUCCUA